AGGCCCAAACAUAUUCAAAAUAUUCAAGAAAACAAAACAGAGCCAGAGAGAGAGAGAGAGAGAGACAUAACUCGACGGUGGUCGGAAAUCUCGCCGGAGCUCGAUCUCUCCUCCCCCUUCAUUAUUGUUUUCCGGCGAGGUACAAGAGGGAGGGAGCAAUCAUGCAGAAACGGAGAUCGGUGAGGGAAUCUUUAAAGCCAACACCGUCAAGAAAUGGAAACGUUUUGGAUUCCGGGGAGGAGAAGAAGAGAUCCGAGAAGAGAUUGAUGAAGUUCGAGGAGUUGCCAAGGUAUCUUAAAGACAACGAGUACAUACACAAUCAUUACCGAUGUGAAUGGUCUCUCAAGGAGACUUUCCUCAGCGCUUUCUCUUGGCACAAUGAGACUCUCAACAUCUGGACGCACUUGGGUGGGUUUCUGAUAUUUGGGUGGAUGAUGGUUGUGAGUUCCAUGGAAACCACGGAGGUUGGCCUCGCCGGGUUUGUCAACGUCUUCUCCGGAGUAACCAUUCGCUGGCCGUGGCCGUCAAUGGCUAAAGAUGUUUACUUCUCCAGCGAUCAUCACGAUUCGAACGUGACACACACUAGCUCGUUCCUGAACUCACAAGGAGAAGUUAACUACGAAACAAUUCCAAAAUGGCCAUGGCUAGUCUUCUUAACCGGAGCAAUGACCUGCUUAAUCUGCAGCUCCAUGUCACACCUCUUGGCCUGCCACUCCAGAAAAUUCAACCUCUUCUUCUGGCGCCUAGACUACGCAGGAAUCUCCCUCAUGAUCGUCUGCUCCUUCUUCGCACCAAUCUACUACGCAUUCUCCUGCCACACUAACUGGCGUCUCUUCUACCUCUCCUCAAUCUCAAUCCUCGGCCUCCUCGCCAUCUUUGCUCUCCUCUCUCCAGCACUCUCAGCUCCACGUUUCAGAUCUUUUAGAGCAGCUCUUUUCCUAACGAUGGGAUUCUCAGGAGUCAUACCUGCUUCUCACGUGCUUUACCUUCAUAAAGAUCAUCCUAACGUGGUUAUCGCUCUUGUCUACGAGCUGGCGAUGGCUGUGUUGUAUGCAACGGGAGCAGGGUUUUAUGUGAGCCGUAUACCUGAGAGGUGGAAGCCUGGUGCUUUUGAUUUAGCGGGACAUAGUCAUCAGAUAUUCCAUGUGUUUGUAGUGUUAGGAGCUCUUGCUCAUAGUGUUGCCUCUCUUCUUAUCAUGGAUUUUCGACGGGCUUCACCUUCUUGUGCCUUUUGAAGCAAGUAACAAAAAAACUGUAAAACGUUUAGUGAUUCAGACGUAUCACAAUGUAUGUGUUACAUAGAAGAUACGCAUUGGCAAUGUACUACACAACCCAAAAUAUUUAAAAGCAUUGUUGUAAAAAUGGGUUUAGCCGGCGCCU